UAAACUUAAAUCCAAGCACAAUAGUUGGGGAACAAUGGAGGAAAACACAAGCCAGCCAAUAUAAACCUCACAAACCUUACUAAGAACCCUAAAAUUUAGCUUUAAAUUAAAUUAUUGAGCACUGUGACAUAGGGAAUCUUACAUCAAUCUUACAUGGCGACGAUACAGAUGCCAAUCACGCUAAUAAAAACAAAAAGAUCAGUUCAAUCUGAAUAUAGUAUAUGGGAGAACUAAAUUGAAUCUUAUAUACCUCAGAGAUAUAUUGAAUAUCGUCUCUAAAGAUUUCUAGAGGGGAAUUCUGUGUGAUUCGGGCAUUUUUCUCUAUAGCAGGCAGCACUUGCAGAUUUCUGGAGACAUCGGUAAGCUUUAUACGGCCUAUAAUUACUGUAGCGUGUGGGAUUUUGCUUAUUUCAGUGAUUUGUGUGCUUGAGCUGAGUAUUUGCUCAGAACAAUGAUUUGAAAUAAAUUUCAUUGUCUGUCGAAAUUUGGGUUCACUGCAAACGCAGAGUUUUGAUAUUCAGUCGAGUAUCAGCAAAUUUUUGGUUACACUGCAAAAAUAGUGGCUGUACAAUUUAGGGUAUACUGGGAAAACCGAAACCAGAUCUACAGCAAGAGUUAUGGCUUCUUAUAUGCUAUCUGUAGGUAAAGAAAUUGCUGGUAACCCGGGCAAUUUGAUGAGCUCUGUAGUGCCCUUAUUGAAACUUUUAUGCCUGAGUAGCAUAGGGCUAGUACUUGCACAUCCUAAAAUGAAAUUGAUCCCCAGAGAGACCUUUGAACUUCUGAGCAAGCUUGUGUUUGCCCUGUUUCUCCCCUGCCUGAUCUUCACAGAGCUGGGGAAAUCAGUCACCUUGGAGAAUAUGAGAGAAUGGUGGUUUAUCCCAGUUAAUGUUAUGAUUAGCACAGCAAUAGGGUGCAUUUUGGGCUACUUGGUAGCUCUGAUAUGCAGGCCACCUCCUCAGUUUUUUAGGUUCACUGUUGUAAUGACAGGAUUUGGAAACACAGGAAACCUUCCAAUUGCCAUAAUUGGAUCUGUCUGUCAUACUAAUGACCACCCAUUUGGUCAACACUGUAAUACAACAGGAGUUGCUUAUGUUUCCUUUGCACAAUGGGUUGCUGUGAUUUUGGUCUACACCUUUGUGUACCACAUGUUGGAGCCUCCUGAGGAGUUUUAUGAGAUUGUUCCCGAGGAUGGGGAGAUUGAGAGAGAGGAGAUUAGCGAUGCCACCGUGCCUCUGCUCUUUGAAGCUGAGUGGCCCGGCAUGCAUCACAAGGAGACAGAGCAUUGUAAAACCCCUUUCAUUGCUAGGAUAUUUAGGAGCAUGUCUGGAAACGUGGAGUAUAAUUCUGCAGAGCUGGGUCGUCAUGAGGAGGAGGGGCUUGCAGAAGGUGGUAGCCCUAAAUCUGUGAGGUGUUUGAUGGAGCCGAAGGUAGUGAGAAAGGUCAGGAUUGUGGCAGAGAGGACUCCAAUACAACAUAUUCUUCAACCACCAACUAUAGCAUCCCUGUUGGCCAUUAUAGUAGGCAUGGUUCCCCAGCUUAGAUCCUUUUUGUUUCAGGAAGAUGCCCCUCUUUCCUUCUUUACAGAUAGCCUUCAGAUUAUGGCAGCUGCUAUGGUGCCCUCUGUGAUGCUGGUUCUUGGAGGAUUAUUUGCUGAAGGCCCAGUUAAGUCAGAGCUUGGAAUCAGGACUACAAUUGGUAUUAUUUUCACUAGGCUUGUGCUUCUUCCAAUUGUUGGUAUUGGUGUGGUGGCGUUGGCUGGGAAGCUGAAUAUCGUUGUUAGUGGAGAUAAGAUGUUUACCUUUGUGCUUCUUUUGCAAUACACUACACCAAGUGCAAUCUUGCUUGGGGCAAUGGCUAGCUUACGGGGUUAUGGACCAAAGGAAGCCUCUGCACUUUUGUUCUGGCAACACAUCUUUGCUUUGUUUUCUCUUUCAAUUUAUGUGACAGUCUAUUUCAAAUUAUUGAAUUUUGUGUAGCAACUGUUGCAGAGUUUUUCUACCUAAAAAAAAAUAUUUUCUGUAACUUUAUGUGAAUUUGAUUGAUACCAGCAAAGCGUGUGAUCCACUCUUUCAUUUUGCUGGUGAAGGUUCAAAUUGUGUUGUUGGUCACUAGUGGCUUUGUUUCUUUUGAGUUGCAGUUUCUUUCUUCUGUAGAUUUAGCCAGUUAUAUUUUCGUUAGAUUCAAACUAAUAAUAAUUGAUGCUAUUGUAGUUUCUGGUACUUUUGGAGUGAAACUCCAUACAAAAUGUUUGCAAAUAUAUUGCUUUUAAUGAACUUCAGAUAUUCUUAUGGUUUUCUUUCUUAUAA